CUGUCAUUUGCGGGUUUUGUUUGUGUUGUGCGCGCAUGUGUGUGUGUGUUCGAUUUUGUUGGGUUGUCGCAAGGACGAAACAGCUCGCUCCUCCGAUUUUCCGAAAUUGUGGUGCAACGAACGAACCGGAGUGUCCGCGACCGGUCGCAAAGGACGCCGGAAGUGUCCGGCGAUCUUACGGUGCCGGAGUACGAUCGUCCCAAUCGCAAGUGGGUAGUUUAAGUGAAAAACAAAUUUUCUUCUGUCCCGAAUAAGGGGCGCAUCCCGCAAUAGGGUUGUGCCGUAGGACGGAAAGAGAGCGUACCUCUUUGUGUGCUGUUUCUCGUUCGCUCUUGCGCACGCGCACGUUCUGUGUGUGUAGUGUUCGAAGCCGAGCAGGGGAAAAGUUGCAUCAAAGCAAGCAGAGUGGUAGAGAGUGCGUGUUUAGGUGUUUACCGAAAGGGAAGUUAAGAGGAAGUCUGUGAGAAGGGUGGUCACCUCCCGCAUCUCAUCCGUGGCUUUGAUUGUGCGCUGCGGUUGUCGCGCUGUGUGCGUGUGUGUGUGUCAUGGCGCGUCUCGUAGCAUCCGCGUACGCGAGCGAAAAGCUGAUUCAGGGUGGCUGGCGUGAUCGGCAGAGAGGAGAUAUAAAAUAAACAUCUCCAUUGACGCGAAGUGACAGCGCGGUUGCUGCGUUGGUGUGCAGCAGCAACGAAGCUGCAAGAAGUAUGCCGAAAGAAAAACCAUGCCCCAACCCCAUGAUGACAACGAAAUCCAAGUGGUUUAGGAAAGAAGAAGGAAACGAAUUACUAACCGCGGAAAAGUGUCAUUUCCAUGGAUAAAGAGAAGUGAAAGAAGCGCGUACCGCUUACACUACAAUCAAAGUCGAACAUCUCCCAGCGAGAUACAUCGAACAUAUUAAAGAAGUUGUGCCGAGUUGGAAACGCAGUGUCGAAAAGCAUUUCGAAUACAGCUGCAGCCAUACGAAUUGCACAUUUCGUAGCGACGACAGUGCACAUUUGCAUCUGUUUGUGCAGUGUCAAAGUGAAGUUGCGAGUGUGGCAGAAGAAAACAAAACGGGCCUGCCGAUUAAUACCUAACAAAUCUGAAUCCGCUUAUGAGUGGUUUUUGUGCGUGUUGAAGUUUUUAGUGCGAAGUGCACGGGCAAUAAAUUCUCGUUCACGUUUCUGUUUUCGGCAUUUCCAAGUCAAUUGUUGCUGUUUCCUGAGUGCGUGUGUGUGUGUACACCGUGAGUGUAUGCGUGUGUAGGUUUGUGUUGUUGUUCGUGCAUCUGCUUGUUUUUCUUGUGGAGUUUUCCUCCGUUUUUCACAAGUUCGCCGAUCACAUUCCCUGCCCAGCCAUCAGCCUAUUUACAGGGGAAAACGAAGGGAGUUGGCACUCUCACCACAAAUCAUCAUCUCGGCAAGCCGCGCGAGAAAGAUGGCGCCACAUCAUGGAAUGUAAUCUGUUGGUUUCGCGGCUUAAACGAAUCAUACGCUUAGCACCGAGCGCGUUGAAAACGGAUUAAUUCUACUUAGCUCUGCUUCGUAUACCGUCUUCUUCAGUCGAAGGAAGCUCGUCAUUCUCACCCGUGCAAAAUCAACGCCGCAUCAAGAAUUUCCAUGAUGAAGCCGAAGAAGCAGCAACCAUCAACAGUGAACGAAAAAAAAGCCUCCGGUAGUGGUGCAGCAACAGGACCGACUACUCCUGCAUCUGUUAGUGGAACAGAAGCAAAAUCAACACUCAACACUAGCUCCUCCAGUUCAACAACGGCACCAGCUAAAAAACCUGUCAAACGUUUGCAAUCCAAAACCAAAGAAAGUACACCGAACGUAACAGCAGGUUCGGGAGUAACAAAUACAAAUGCUUCGGCAGCUACUGGCGGGGUAAAACCAACGGAAAAGGGUGUGUCUAAUGUCCAACAAAUCGGAAACCAACAGCAAACGGUAUCUAGUAAAUCGAAAUCGUCUGCUGCGAAUACUGGCAAAACCAAGGCUGCGACGGCUAAAAAUCUCACCGUUGCUGGUACAGCAGAAUCCUCGAAGAAUAGCACGAAAGUUUUAACAACAGAUCAUAGUUCAUCAUCUCCAACUACCGGGUCCGGUAUAGGAAAACCCGAAGCAUUGAUAAGUUCAUCUGGAAAAGGCAAUAAGCAUACCGUUCAAGCGAUUAAACCAGAUUCGGGUAAUCAAUCCACGCUACAAAAUCAGAAUUCUACGGUGAAAGGAAAUGCCAAGGAUACGACAGAACGUCCCAAAAAAUCCGCAAAGGAACCAGGAAGUGCAUCGAAAAGGUCAGCAAGUCAAACAGAAAAAUCAGACGCCGGAAAACGAAAACAAACUAACACCAGCUGCAAUCCUUCGCCGGUCUCUACUGUCGCUACUUAUGGCGAGAGUCGUGCAGGUGCAACUGGCACUCCUCUUACGUCAUCAUCAAUUGAUUCAAAGUUGCGAGAAAAGGAGAAGAAAAUUCAGAAGGAGUUGAAGAAUCUCGGUGUGCCGGAUAAAACGAUCAAUCAGUCAAUUGAUGCGGCAUAUUUGUUGGAGUCAGCAGUCGAAUCUGUAGUGAACCCGUCGAUCAGCGAAAUGGUUAAGACAAAAUCUAGGGCCACUGUAGCCCAGGGUAAAUAUGGCGGUGGUGGAGAUAAUGCUGGCGGAAGUGGUGCAAUGGGAAGAAAAUCGUCCAUAACAUCGGAAGAAGGUGCGGAUGGAGAGACAGAAAAAUCAGCAAAAGAAUCCGUUUCUGGUAACACUGGAAAGCUUAAGAAGUCAGUAACGUUGAAAGUGGACCGACAGCCAGGAGAAGGGCAAAAGAAAAUGAGUGGAAAGCCGACAUCGGCGAAGGAAGCGAACGAGAAACUCGUAUCAAAAUCGGGACGUAAGGAUGAUAAGGUAGCGGGUGGUUUGAGCACCUCGGGAAGUGUGAGUUGUGCAGCGGCUAAAACGUCCUCUGCCAAAGCAACUGGACCGGGUGCGAAAUCUAACAAAAAGGCAAACAAUUCAUCUGGAUCCGCCGAGCCGAAGCAAAAGAAACCUAGCGUCGCUGAACUGGCACCGAAGGGCACUGAGCAACAGAAAAAAGAUCUAGCGUCUGAACUUCCAGUUGUCAAACAAUCCACCGAACAGGAAGGUGCAAUGAUCAUUGGUCGAGGUAGUUCGAUUGAGCAAGAAGACCACGAGGAAAAGAAUGAAGAGGUGCACAUUAGAAUAGACAGUAUAGUGAAGGCACUGGAGCGAGAAGACAUUGAAACACCCAGUGGCGUAAAGAAAGAAUCUGAUGCGGAAGCAAGAAAAGAAGAAUUAGCUGAUGGGGCACCAGUUAUUCCGCCGGUGGUUUCUACAGAUGGCACGGCUUCGAUCGAUGCGAAAACGAAAAAGCAACCGACACCACGAAAGCCAUCCGCCAAGAAGGAAAGCUCCCUGACAACUUCUAAGUCGAAAGCAAAAGAAACGAACGAAAAGAAAAAAGCCACUGUAGCCGAUCAGGCCAGCAAGAAGGAGGUAAAGUUUGAGGAACAAACACUGGCUUCACCAGCAAAGCGAAAAUAUGUAAAAAAGCCCAAAUCCACCACCACGGAAGACGCUACCAUUGGUGAAAAGCCGGCCAAAAUGGCAAAAGCUGUUACGACCAAGAAAGCUUCUGUCACAAGCAAAGUAAAACAAAUAAAUGCAAAGACGAAUAGUAAAACCCAACCAGUGACACCAGUAGAAAUUGAUGGUGGCACAUCAUUGGCCGAUUCGUCAAAGGACGAUAAAACUGUUGGCACUCCAACGGCACCUGAAGCACCAGCAACAGCAAGUACGAUUAAUUCUGUGCCCAACCGUGACCGUUCAUCGACGGAAAAUGAUGAUGAUGUGCCGUUGCGUCAGCUUCAACAAAAGCAAACUCCGGCUACAGAAAGCACUGUGUUGGGUAAGGACAAACCUUCAACCACCACUAAGCCAUCUACGCCACAGCAACAUUUAAGUAAUGUACAAGAUCAAACGACAGAGAAAGGGAAAGAAGAUCGUUUGGACAUUGGGUCUGAAAUGAAUGUUCCCUCGAGCGCUACCGGUCCUAUUCUUGCAGGAUUACUGAAGAGUUCCGGUAAACAAGGAAAACGUUCCUACGUACGCAAAAAUGCUACGAGUGGCGGAAGUGGCAAAAAUUGUAAAAUAUCAGCGGUGAGUGCUCCCUGUCCUGUAUCAGCCACAGUGACCGAAGAAUGUCAUCUGAAGGAACGCAAAUUGGAAAAGAAGGAUGUGUAUGAUUUCGAUGACUCCGAAAGUGAAGUUGAAGCACCAGUAAAAUCCGGGAAACCAAGUUUUAAACGGAAGUCCUCAGUGGACAUUAGUCAGUCACGCGAAGAUAUCUCACGCGACGCUAUAGAAGAUUCACAGCCGACGAAACAGAAAGUGGAUGAUGGAAAAAAGGAGGAAACAUCAACACUCAACGACGCUGAGGGCGUUGAUGAUAAGGAAAAAUGCAAUGAUGAGGAUGCGACAAAGCAUACCGUUCCAUUAAAGAAACAGAAGCGAAGGAUAGAGGCAGCAUUGUCCGACUCGGUGGCUUUACCGAAAAAAGCGCAAAGAGGUGGCGAAUCCUCCGAUUCGGAUGUAGAACAAACCGAUGAAAACGAUCCGGAUGCGCCCGAGAUGAAGACGAAAAAGAAAGCGACUGUGCUUACAAAAAAGCUCAAACAGGAAGGGAAGGAUGAUUCACAUUCCUCAGCAGAUGAAGCGGACGACGACGACGAUGAAGAGGCUGCAGAUGAUGCGGAAGAAGAUGAGAAUAAUGAAAGCGGCGAUUCUGAUGGCUGUUCGUCCACCGAUACAGUGAGGACACGCAUCGCGAAAAAGCGUCAAUCGGCAAAGAAGCGCAACGUAAAGCUGUAUGGUUUUUGGUCCGGACCAAAACGACAUCGUGUUGCAUCGCUGAACGCGUUGGCAAAGGUUCACUGUCUGUACGAGAAUGAGAUGCGCGGCGCACUUGAGGCUAGCCUGAUGAGCCAAUCCAGUGGGUCGCGUGUCAUCCGCACGAUCACUAAGGACGGCGAGCGCAUUAAAAAGGAACGUAUCUGCCCAGAGGAGGAGAGUGCUGGGGAGGAGAGUCGCUCUGGUGAGACGAUGUGCGGCGAAAUGCCGGAACAAGGCAAAGGCAAGGAGCCAGAACAAGGAGUCAAAAGCAAGGAACUGGAACGGAAGGAAAGUGAUAAGAAGCGCGAGGAAAAGAAGGAAAAUGUGAAACAGGAACGGAAAGAGGCGCCAUCCCAGCAGCAAAAGCAAACAGAUGGUGUAGCCCGCGAAGAGGUAAAACCGAAGGUCAAAGAGGAAGCACCCAAAAAGGACAGCGAUCAAGAUAGUGCGGAAUCAAGUGAGGAGGAACCGGUCGUUAUGAGAAACCUUCGCUAUGUACCAGGACUUCGUGGAGCUGGCAAACAUUGGGAUCCCGAUGCUUCCAGUUUGGAGUCAGAGAUGGAACAAUUGCCCGAUAGUGACGAAACGUAUGCUCAGGGUAAAGAUACUGAUCCUACCCGUAAACGUAAGGUUAAAAAGAAGGUAGUGCGAAAGACCAAAGCAAAAGCAGCAGCAGUGCAGGCGAAGACUGAAAAAUCCGAUAAGGACAAAGAGAAACCGGAAAAGGUGUCCGAAAAGCCGGAAAAACCACCUAAACCACCAGUGAAGAAGAUUAAGAAGGAACUGAAAGCUUUGAUGACGGACAACGAGCGCCAAGACGAUGGAACAGUCAGCUCGUCCUCAACAGGAUCGGAGAAAGUGGAGAACGUCAAAGCUAAACCAGAAGAAGGAGUUAAAAAGCGGAAGCGCGAACCAAAGUCCGAAAAGGUAGAUACGGUUUGCGAUUAUAAGGACUACAUUGGCAAGAAGCGCAUGGCGAGUCUCAAUGCAACUGCGAUGCUAGCGGCUACUUAUGAAGUACAGCGAGUUCUGUAUCGCAAUACGGACUCUAGUGACUCAGAAUGUUCCGCCGAAAAGGUACCGAAAACGAAAAAAGGUGCCAAAGAUUCUAAAGAACAAAAAGAGACUGUGUCUAAGGAGUCUGGUGCGUCCCUUAACAAAAAUGAUGGAAAAGAUAAGAAGGAAUCGCCUGGUGAGAAGGAGUUGCGAGAUUCGCAUGCGUCAGCGACGUCCUCGGAUAGCAAGCAUUUGAAUGUGUCCACAUCACUGGAAUCGACUAGCUCCAAUACACCUGCUGCGUUAAAUACUCCUGGAGGGAUCACUGUAGCUCAGCAGGAGACGUUGACUAAGAAGAAGAAAGUGGUAAUCAAAACGGAACCGAUGCGUGAUCGUAAGGACGAUCCAAUGGAAGUAAAGCGUGAAAUAGAGGAGCCACGUCCUGUGUCGAGCAAUUUAGUUAUCGCGCAGGACACGGAAGUCACGAUUACCGGUGUGUACGUGAAUUCUUCCUUAGGUGCUAAUCAGGAGGCGUACUGUAAAAUGCAGUACAGAGUGCAGCAGAGUGUUACCGAGGAGCGGUUGGUUCGACCGGGAGAAGCACCACCCAAAUCAUACACCCCCUUGUCGGCACUCUCUAGCAUGCGACCACCGAAUGAUCAGACUCUAUCAACACCGCCCUUGUUCGUGCCGCCAGCUCAAUGCGACUCACCGCUGGGACCACCGAGAGCGUUUUAUCCGCCUCCCACAUCAUCAUCUGGCAGUUCCAGCGCCUUCUGUGCACCGAUGCCGCACGACAGUCCAGGUUACUAUCAACCGGCUGGUCCGCUGAUAUCACCUCAUCUACUAGGCCAACCCCCGUCCCAGCACGGACCCAAAAGUGGCCCGGAUGGCGAUGCGCUGCUACAGAGUCCACAGCAACCACCUGCGUCUUCCACAGCCGACAGUACGGACAGCGACGUCCUGCUGACAGGUACGCCCGGACGCCCCGCCAACGACCACCCGAUGGGCUUCCAUCCACUGCGCCCGAGGGCUGCAGUCGCCGUAGCAGCCGCAGCCGCAGCCGCUGAUGAUGCAGAUCGUUAUUUUCGUUCCAUAUUUCCAGGUGGUGGAGUCGACCUAGGGCAUCGCUCCCAACCCUACGGUGCAUCCCGUUACGGUCCAGCCCCCGGUGGUGGAGGUCCACCCGGUAAUCUCUACCCCCGCCCUAUGCAGAUGCACUGUCCGCCAACGUAUUUGUCGCCCGGUUACUACGCACCGUCUCCGUACGGUCCGCAGCCACCUCCACCCCAUGGGCCACCGCCGGAGAUGUACUACACGCACGCAUAUCCGGCCCAUUUCUACCCAAAGUUUGCACCCCCGUACUAUCCGACAUCCCGACGGUACUACGCAGGGCCGGGACCCGGUCCCGAACAUCACUUGUACGAACAGGCACCACCUCCCAGUAGUGGACAAGGUCCGCCAGGACCGCCACCCCCACCAUCCGGGGCGCAACUCGUACCUGCUGGACCACAAGGUCCCCAGCACCUGGAUCACUAUCCGUAUCCGCCGUAUCCAGGCUAUGGUAGUCCCGGGCCGGGUUCCGGUGGCCAGUGCUAUCCACGCAACCUGCAACACCCGCCACCACCGCCUGCGUAUAUGGAUGCGCAUUACACAACCAAUUGCCCAUGUCCGAUGCAGUGUCCAAAAAACGUCAAUGCUGGGUCCCUUAUUGGUAUCAAGGCCAGUAAGGGCCCAGUAGCCACAAACAACCAUAUCGUACAAAAUCAGCCGGGCACAAGGAUUAGCACGACCGAACCAAUCACGAUUUCGUCAAGCUCCUCUUCGGCAUCGUCCUCCUCAUCACCGACGCCAAUCGAUUCGCCCGUCACUACCUCGGCAACUAGCCCUGUUAGGCAGACUUUGCCCGAUACCGCCGAGUCGUCGCCGAACGUAACUUCCAAGCAGCAACCCCAUCCGUCACACGGUUAUCACGCUCAUCACCAUCACGGGUCUUCACUUCCAAUGGAAAUGCAUCCACAGGGAGCACCGACCCACCAUCCACACACGUAUCCCUACCAUUUCCAUCAUCACCAUCCCAGUCCGCUGCACCACUCACAGCACGGACCGAUCCAAACGGAUGCAGCUGAAAAGACCGCAGUUACAGCAACGUCCACCUCUGCAAUGACUACACUGAGUUCAUCUGCGAAGCAUGCACCAGCCGUAGUGACAACGGCUGCCACUGGACCCGAUACAAACCAUCCGGAUAAAAUGUGCUACAAAACGGAGCUACCAAUUAAACCAGAAUCCGUAACCGAACUACUGUCGACACCAAUGCAUUAUGGUAGCCCAUACCAUCAUCCUUACCAUCAUCCGAUCGGAUAUUAUCACCAUGCAAAGCUAAGCGACCUAAAAGAGGAACAACACGGUACGCUGACACCGCCAUAUUCGAUAUCGGGCAAGAUGAAACUGCUCGAAACUCCCGAGAUGAGCCCUGUCCGAGUAUCGACCGUACUAAACGCAACUCCGGUGCUGCCUGGCGAUAUCCUACAGCCUUCACUGAAAGCUACGGAAUGCGGUGACAAAAUACACUGCAUCGACGAAGACAAGUUAACAAGCAUUCCAGUGUCGACAGCGAUCGUGAAACAGGAAAUUGAGGAAUUUAAACUACUGGAACCGCUCGACGGCACGGUAUGCAAGAAGGAGGAUUUUGAGGAAACGGGCCCCGCCAUGACGCCGGAUCUGUUGGAUGAGUCGAUUGUGAUUAAAAAGGAUCGAGAUGAGAUUAAACCGAUCACCAGAACGGUCUGUCACCCCGAGCACCAAGGAUCGCAUCCACAUGCGUCAGUCGAUCAACAACACCAUCUGCAUCAUCAUCACCAUUUGCAACAGAUGCACGUUGCCACGCAUCUACCGCACCACCUACAUCACCAUAGUGCCAGUACAAAUCUCUUGCAUGGGACACCGCAACAUCAUCAUCUACAUUCGCAUUAUAAUAUGCAGCGUCAGCACCAGCAGCAACCUUUAAUUACCGGUCUGUUAGUGGAGAAAGAUGAUACGGAAACCAAUGCCAAACUACCUCCGGAUAGCAAGAGUUUGCUCGCAGAGCUCGUGCUGACGACGGAAGCGUCCAUGGUGGAGUCACCCAAAAAACCGACGCAAUCAAUUCUUACAACAUCACCUUCAGCAACAGAGACGGCGACAGCGUUGACGGUCAAAACGCCAGCGAACGUGUCAGCAAAGAUGGACGUAACGAACGGCAUCUGUAAAAGUCCUAGCCAGCAACCAAGGGGAAAUAGUAGUGAUAAUAGUUUUAGUCUUAGUGAUAGCCUAACCCCUAGUGUAGCUGGUGCUCCUGAACAACUGAGCUCAAUAUCAAAGAACAUUGUAAAAGUACAAUCACAUGACAGCUGUGCUGGCAGUAUAGAUCCUCCCUCGCCGGUACCGAUACCAGCCUCCACUGUGAAACGGAGACCACUGCUGGUGGCAUGCAAAAAGCCAACACCCAAGCAUUCACCCCCAAAUAGCUAUAAGAAUCUGAUCAAACGUACAAACGGUGUGGAAGGUGAAGAUGGACAUCCGCCACAAUGUCCGGAACCGGUAGAACUAAGCGAAGAAGAGGAAGAGGAGGAUGAAGAAGAUGAUGAAGAGGAAGAGGAUAACUACGAAGAGGAGGAAGACGAAGACGCAUUGCAAGACGAACAGAUUGAGGAUGUUGAGGAUAUCGAACUCCAAGAGCAGCGUAAGGUAGAGAUCGAGAAAAGUAAAACUCGGCAAGGCAAAGCUCUAACGGCUUCAAGAAGUCACAAACAUACCAUUAAGAAACGGUUAGUCCAGCGGAAGCCGUCUGUUGAUCGCAGAAAAAUGGGAUACAAGACAAAUCUGCUUCGAUCAUCAUCGGAAACAUCGCAAAGCAAACUGUAUCGCAGGCAGUUGUGUUUUGAAUCGAAAAAAUUCACUGUGCCUACGGUAGUCAGUCCGGAACGUGCACGAUCCGGAACGUGCACGAGACGAUAUUAUCGCGUGUUCCGUUCCAGCAUCGAGUCACAGAAGCGCUUGCCUGUAUCAAUCCGCAAGAGGUUAUUACGACGUUCGAACAUCACGCUCCUUCCGAUGCGUCGAGGUGCUCACAAGCGACCGUGCAAAUCACAACAAUUAUCGCCGGAAACGAUCACCACUGGGAAUGAUGUGGUUGAUCUAUCUGGUACGUUACCGACACCUAGUGAAAACAGCAAUGACAAGGGCGAAAAUAAGUUGCCAAACAAAUCUGAAGAGUACAUCCCUGCAACCGAACUAUUGGUGCAUAAGGGCACAAACAAUGAUUCCGUUAAUUGUAUCAAUGAAACUGUACCGUUAGCGAUGAACAUUGAUACAGUGGUGCAACCGUUAUCAAAUGUUGAUCGUACGAUUGAUCUCGUUGCCAAAGGGUAUUUUUCCGAACCAGAAAUACUUAACGGUACAGAACUGCAAGUCCACUCUCGGGCAUGGUUGAAGAAACUAAAGCAGCAACAAGAAGGUCGUUCGCAUUCAGAACAGAGCCGUGGUGCUAAGUCUCGCGAUCAAAAGUGUGAAGGCAGUACGAAAAAGUGUAAGACCAAGUGUUCUUCUUUAGUUCUUGAUGUCACCUCAUCUCCCACGACAACACCCAUUAGUAAAGACAAAAAACCAAAAUCCUCUAAAUCCUCAAAACAUACUCCUGUAAUGGCAGAAUUACAAUUAGAGGCUUCUUUCAAACCACAAAAAACGGUCGAAUGCAAAGAAGGUAAGAGCAAGAAGAAGGCAAGCUCCAAAGAAAGCAAGAAGGAUCAAUACAGCAGGAAGAGAAAACAGAAGGAACUGAACGGUGAAGACGUUGAUUCUCACGCAUGUAAACGAAGCAAUCCCAAUUUGGAAGUGAUUAAAACAGACGAAUGUUUGUACCAGCGUGCUACAUCGACGCCCAUCUCCGUUCCUACUGGUGAGGAGUCUUUAGCUUCGGGUCAAGAUGAUCGCGAGGAAAACGGCCGCAAAGGGGGCGCCGUUGUGUUUGACGACAGUGUCGUUACACUGAUGGACCACUCAUCCGUACUGGAUGAUCGUGAAACGGACUUCGACGAUGCGGCGACUAUGCUGGUGGAAGAUGAUGUGGCUAGUGUCGAUACGAACGUUCUGGUCAAUCGACAUAAUAACAACAAUAACAGUGCCGUUACGGAUAAGAAUAACAUGAUUCAGGAACAGCAACUGAUUGCUGCAGAUCAACUCGUUCUGGCCGCUCCUAUACAAGCAAUCAUCGCGGAAGGUAAAGAAGGUAGUGAGCUAGAACCUCCGGAGGGUAUGGAACCAUUUAUGGACGAGCAGCUAGAAGAGGAGGAAGUACACACAAAUGUACAGCUGGCAGUUUCAAACCACCUAUCCGAAGCGUUACAUUCUACGGCAGUUUUACAACCACAACAAUGUCCUCCGGUGGAACCAUGCGGUGAAGACCCACCAGCGUUAAGAAUGCACACGAGCUACGAUGAUGAUUACGAGGAUCUGGAAGAGGAGGAACUUUUGCCAAAGCGUGGCUCAAGUCGUUCGGUCAAGCGACGGCGUUCGCGAUCAAAGACAAAGUCGAAAAAAUUCAGCACGAAGAAACGGCAUCGCCCGUCCACACACCGGACAUUGGCAGCUGAGUUAGAGGAGCUGAUUGUGCCAAAAAAAUGCACCACCAUUCCACGUUGGAGCAAUGGUUGGACCUGGGAGGGUCAACCGUUCCAAGGGAAGGUAUUUUUGAACAGUGAUGAUCCACCUGUACUGCGCACAUGUUAUCCUGCGAUGCGACAUUCCGUUGGGGACAUUAUCAAGCCGCGCGACUGUGUACUGUUGAAGGCUGGUAGUAAACGGGCGGAGCUGCCAUAUGUCGCCAAAGUGGCCCAUCUGUGGGAAAAUCCUGAUGAUGGAGAAAUGAUGAUGUCUUUGCUGUGGUACUAUCGACCGGAACACACUGAGCAAGGUCGUCAGCGUACGGAUGGUCCUGACGAAGUGUUCGCCUCACGCCACAAGGACCACAAUAGCGUGGCGUGCAUUGAAGACAAAUGCUAUGUGCUAACGUUUAGUGAGUACUGCAGAUUUCGACGACAACUGAAAGGGUAUGAGGAAAAUAUCGAGGAACAGCCAUCGAUUGUGCCUCCACUAAGACGCGAAAACCUUCGCCUACCGCCACCGAUCGUUUCGCCCGAGCUCGUAAUGUACUGCCAGCGUGUGUACGAGUUCCGCCAGAAGCGGCUCCUAAAAUCAACCUCCUAGUGAAGGUGGGAGUGUGUGCAGCGAUGCCAGACUAAGAGCACGACAAGGAGUACCAUCGGUGCAAUUCCCAAAGCCAUUUCCGGUGCGAGUACGAUCACAGCUCUCACCGACUAACGCGAUUCCCGUUGCCAAUCGUCCACUCGCAAACUGUGCACUAGCUGCAAAUGAUUAGACAACAACUACAUAUCCUGGAUUCCUGGUGUAUGCACAUUGGAUCCGGCUGAUCCAUAUCUGGUCUAGUCCUGUACGCGCCGAUACCUUUACUGCAUCUGGUAGUGUUGGUAUGCUCGUAUUUUUUGCGGAAGCGCAAGUCAUUCAUCGUCGCUCCCUGAAUGCUUAUCUUGUCAUCCGUAUUUCAAAUAUGUAUUAUUUUUGUAUUUUUAAUGUUUUGUAGCAUCACGAUGAUCCGUGGUUUGCGGACAUCAUCCGCAUACUUUAGAAACAUAUUUCCAAAAGUUUUGUUCGUUAGUUUGGUGAUUUGUUAGUAAUUUUAUUUGUACAUAUACAACAGCUACGAAACCCUAGUGUGUCUUUACCGUACAAUUUGAUUGUAUUACUAACUAAGCUCUCCCAGUAUGCUUAAAUUAUGAAACAUUAGUUUGAUAAGAUUUUAAAAAUGUUCCACGUUUUAUCCCAGUGCGCUUAUGGUUUGUUUAUGGGGUACAUUAACGAGCGUCUGGUCACGUUACUAACGAAGUAUGAGCAGUGAGACAAACAUAUUUACCAGACAAUCUCACAUACUACAAAGUGAAGGACAAAAGAAACCCCCAUAGUUGAUCAUAUAUUCUAAGCACAGAUCCAAACUGAGCCGAUAUCGAAAUGACAGCAACAUCUGAUCGAUGUUGAAAACCCCUCUUUGGCCCUCUGUUGCCGCGCGACAAAACGCAUUUGUCCAAGCUGAAUUGCAUUUGAUAUUCGAUGUUACACACCUUGGCAGCCAAUUCUUACGAGGGAAUAUUCAAGACAAGCUACACUAUACGCAGUGUUCAUUGUAUGAAAGUUUGUCAAAUCAAGUUUGAAACAAUAACGUACACGAAGUAACUGUAGAUUGACGAUGAUGAUGAUGAAAGAUAUAAUAGGUAUACAAACAAUAUAAAAACAUAUUAUAUAUGAUUAUAUACAUACAACAUUAUAUAUAUAUACAAACAGUAAUGUAGAGGAAACAAAAACACAUGCUAAGUGUAAGAAACUAAUUGUUAUUAAGACAGGUUAAGCGUAUACAGUACCUUAUUAUUUAACUGACUUGUAUCGUAAGACAGCAACCGCAAUGGAGCAUAGCUUUUACUGACUGAAAUGAUGAUUGCAGUUGAUACAUAUUAGACAAACAAGAGUCAACUGAAAGUACGUACCAUAUACUCAACGGGAGGAGUAGCAUCACACGGCGUCUGAAACCAAACGCCUAACACGUGUCAGUAAAGAGAAAGCCACAAUUUACAUUCUUCCCUAAUUCGUUUACGUGUCUAAGUGGCAGGCAAACCAUGGAAAUAAAUUAUUGACAAACAAGAAUCUUACAAAGAUAGACCAUUGUCGGUCGCAUUAACGAUUUGUUAAAGUCCUUUUCUACCCAAACAAGGCGGUGUGUGUUUCAUGAACCUUUAACUUUUUCCACAAUGAAUUCUUCAUACGUUCAUCGUUAUGCGCUGCAACAGAUAUCAUGGAAAUGGUACCAUACCAUUGUGAAAUUAAUUACUUAUUUUUGAUAGUUUUCAUUCAGAGAAGGAAACACUUCCAUUCAAAUGCUUAAAGAUAUUGUUUUUCGAUUUCAUGAAAGCGUUCGAAUUUAUUGCCGAAUAGCACGAUUUAAAAGAAUCCAGAUAUCGUAUAUCAUUUUACUGUUUUACCAGUUGCACCAUCGCCGCAGGACAGUAAUAGUUGAUACAAAUCGUACGGGACACAAAACUACAACUGAAUCAAAAUGAGCAAAACCGAUACCUAAAACUUAUUACAAGACGUGCGUACGUACGGAAAACAUUGAAUAAAACAAACAUACGCGGAAAACAAAACAAACAACUAACCAUACCAAAUCAAUAUUAUACAAAAUUUUAACCGAUAAGAAACGUAACAUUAGGAAAAUUGAUCGGUUUGUUUUAUUUUACUUACGAGCAGUUCGCGAGAAAAUGUAACGGUAGAAGAUUAAUUCUUAUUUCACGCCCUUAGUCGGUGACAGUGACUUUGAAACAUGCUUUCCGUUAAGCAGCCACAGUGCAUACGGAGGUACAAGGGCGUAAAUUGGUAGGAUGUUUUAGUAUCUAGAACGGAAUAUUUAAUCCAUCGGUUGAAUAGUUUAGUUUGAUGCAUGAUGAAACAAACCGAAACAGUGGGUAUUAAGUCUUUUUAGGAAAAGAACUUUUGAACAAUGGUAAUACAGCAACAAAAAAAUCGGGCAUUUCAGUUAAGAUUUGUGCAGUUCUAGCCUAGCGAUGAACCCAUUCGUGAGACAACAUUUUAAACUCAUUUCAUAUUACACCCAGUCGGAGUAGUAUGUUUUCUCGCCUUUUUUGUAGUGCUGUUUUAACUACCGUUCGCCGAUACUGGGAAGAGCGUCGGAAGGGUAUGAUGGAAACAAUUUACUACUCUAAGUGCACACCUAGCUCCUACGUGAACGAAUCAGGAAUCAGGAAGAAAAUAAAAUAAUACACAAAAUAA